CAACACUUUCAAACCUUUCAUUUUUUCAACAUUCAAAUCCUAAACCUUUUCUUUUUCAAAUAUCUCAUUAUAUAUAUAUAUGUGCAUACUUGUUCUCAUUGCAAAUAAACCUUCUCUUUCUCUAAUGACAUCAAUAUCAGCAAGAAGGCCAAGAAGUAAUAUGAACUUGGCUAAGAAUACAAACGUUGGUAUUUUGAUACCAAAUGAUUUCCGAUGCCCGAUUUCAUUGGAGCUAAUGAAAGAUCCGGUGACGUUGCCCACCGGAAUCACCUACGACCGGCAAAGUAUCGAGCGGUGGCUCGAGACCGGAAGCCGGACUUGCCCGGUGAGCAACAAGGUGUUGGAUGAGUAUGCAACAGAUGAAGACAUAAUCAUUCCUAACCAUUCAAUCCGCAGAAUGAUUCAGGACUGGUGUGUAGCCAACCAAUCUUUCGGUAUUGAAAGAAUUCCAACUCCGCCAAUUCCGAUCACACUGGCGAUCGCCGUGGAGAUGCUGACUAAGAUAGCAUCGGCUGCUCGGGACCAAGAUCGAAACAGGUGCGGUAUUUUAGUACGAAACUUGGUUGCAUCCACAAAGAAGUGCGAGCGGAAUAAAAGGUACAUCGAAGGAGCUGGUGCGGACCAUGUACUUGCUACUUCUUUUGAAGUCUUUGCGAAAGAUGAUUCAGUGGUAGCAGAAGUAGAAAGUUCAAAGAAUGUUUUCUUCGAAGAAAUUUUAUCAGCGUUGACACUGGUGUUUCCGCUUGACAAAGAGGCUCUCCGGCAUAUCGGUUCACCGGAAUCUUUGGACCGUAUUGUCUCUAUAUUGAAAUUUGGAACCAUUGCAGGGAGACUCAAUGCUGCAUUGGUUGUCAAAGAAUUAGUUUCUUCAGGGAAGGAGUGUUUAGUUGGUGGAACUCAAGGCUUGGUUCAAGCACUCACAAAGCUUAUUAGAGAACCAGUGUCACCUCAAAUCACAAAGGCAUCCCUCACUGGAAUUUAUUACAUGGUUUCUGCUGAUGAGAAGCUUGCAUCAGAGUUUGCAGAGAUGAAUUUAGUAUCCUUGCUUGUUGAGAAACUCGUCGAUUUAGAUAAAAGCACGUGUGAGAAAGUGUUAGCAGUGCUCGACGGAAUUUUCGGGUCAGAGACCGGGAGGGAAAAAGGACGGGAGCACGUGCUCACCAUCCCGGUGUUGGUGAAGAAGAUGUUCCGUGUUUCAGCGAUGGCAACAGAGUUUGCUGUUUCGGCUUUGUGGAGGUUGUGCAAGGCCUUGAAAGAAGAAUGUCUGAUAGAGGCUGUUCAAGUAGGAGCAUUUCAGAAACUAUUGCUGCUCUUACAAGUUGGUUGCUGUGAAAUAACUAAAGAGAAAGUAUCAGAACUAUUGAAGCUGAUGAAUGGUUACAGAGAAUUAGAAUGCAUUGAAACCAUGGACUUCAAAGGACUCAAAAGGUCAUUUUGAUUUUGAAA